AUGACUCUCGGGUAUCACUUGCCAAACACAUUUGGUUUCAGAAUUUUCAAAAUUUUCAUCCUUCUCGACAUCUCUUCAGGAGUCGGCGAGUCCUCUCGACUUUACAAUGAGUUGCUUCUGACGGGUUGCCUCAAUUUAUGGCCCGAAAUCAUAGGCCAUUUCCUGGUGAUCGUCGACCAGAUGAUGUACGGAAGCUACAAGUCUACGGAUACAAAACCCGCAUUUCACAUAUCCUUCACCGGGAUGAGGGAAAGCUUUGAGCAGAAUGUUUUAUCCGGUUCCCUGGAGGUUUUAAAUCCUCUUCCCGACGCCGCUUCUGAAGGUGCUUUCCCCGUUAAGACAACACCGUCGCCCGUCGGGAGCCUCACGAAAACUCAUAGCACCGGGUUACGUAGUGGCGAGGGCAGAGAGCCUCGGAUCACCGAACACCCGACGAACUGGACUGUGCCCCGCAAUGACCCCGUGACCCUCAACUGUGGCACCGAGGGCCGUCCGGAACCCGUGAUCACGUGGUACAAAGACGGCGUUCCGGUGAAGCCCUCCCCGCACCGCUUCAUCCUGCCGACGGGCUCGCUGUUCUUCCUGAAGGUGACGCAGAGCAAGAAGGAGAACGACGCCGGAAUCUACUGGUGCGUCUCCACCAACCGGCUCGGGAGCGCGAGGUCGCAGAACGCCUCGCUGCAGAUUGCUUUUCUGAGAGAUGACUUCCGAACCUCGCCGACGGGAACACGAGUGGUGGCCGGGGAGAGGGCGGAGCUGGAGUGCUCCCCCCCUCGUGGCCAUCCGGAGCCCCUUGUGCUGUGGAUGAAGGACGGUAACAAACUCCCGCUGGAUCACAGAGUGUAUGUUGGCGAAGGAGGGAAACUUAUCCUCACGGAGACUCUGCAGACUGACGAAGGAAGCUACACGUGCGUCGCCUCCAACCUCGUGGGCACCAGGUUCUCCGAGCCGGCUAUACUAGCUGUACAGGUGCGUCCCUUCUUCGUGCGUCUCCCUGGCGACGUCACAGCGAUGACCGGAGGAGAGGCCAUUCUACGGUGCCGUGCCGGAGGGUCGCCGCCCCCUCACGUGCUCUGGAGGAGGCACGACGGUCGGAUGCCUGUCGGCAGGGCGCGCCUCGAUGCCGACUACACCCUGAGGAUCACCGAACUCACCGUGGACGACGCUGGGGUCUACAUAUGCCAGGCCGAAAACGCUGUCGCUACCGUGGUGGCCAACGCUACGCUGACUGUCUAUGACUCGCCUCGCUUGGUAUCCGGGCCUGUGGACGUGUCCGUGGUGCUGAACACGACGGUGCGCCUUCCCUGCUACGGGCGCGGCACUCCCCCGCCCACGCCCGUGUGGACGCACUCCUCCCUACCGCAGCAGCCCCUUAGCCCCGGGUGGGCGGGCCAGCACGUCUCCGUCACCAGGGAUGGCACGCUGGUGCUCACGCCCGCGAGCGAGGACCAGGGAGGUUCUUGGACCUGUUCGCUGGUGAGUGAGGCCGGAGCCGCCCACGCCCGCGCCUGGCUCACUCUGGUGGCCCCCCGAGACACCCCGCCGCCUAUCAUCAGCGUCCCGCCCGCCAAUCAGACCCUCCCCGCCAGAACGCACGCCACUCUGCACUGCCGGGUACAGGGCCCGCCCACGCCCACGCUUACCUGGUAUCGAGGGGCGGCGCCCGUGAGGACCGACGGAAAGAGGAUCUCCGAGAGCAGAGAAGGCGACCUCACCAUCACGAGCCUCCACGAGACAGACAGCGGCUGGUACACCUGCCUGGCCGAGUCGUGGUCUGGUUCAGCCCAAGCCUCCGCCUCGCUGCUCGUCGUGGGCGGCGAAGACCCUCAGGCCGCCCGCAGUUUCCGUCGCGCGCCCGUGCCCUCAGCCCUGCCCGGCCCGCCCUCCCGCCCUCGCGUGACCAGCCUCACCAACGCCUCCGUCACCCUGGUGUGGGCGCCUCCCAUCUCCGUGGGCGAGGCUCCUCUCCUGGGCUACACCCUCGAGUCCUUCACGCCCACGGGGGAGAGCAGGAGCGGCCUGUGGCGGGUGGUGGCGCGCGGCCUCACCGACCCCCGCUACACCGCCACCCUCGAGACCGGCCGCCCGCAGGUGUUCGUGGUGAGGGCGGCCAACUCGCUCGGGGAGUCGCCGCCCUCGCCCUGGUCGCAGGUGGUGGUCGUGGGCGGCGCCGAGAGCGUGACGCGCCUCGAGCACCAAGGGCCGCUGCAGGGGCGCCUCCUCAACCUGUCCUCCUUGGCGACCCUCACCUCCUCCUCCAUGAAGAUCACGUGGAAGGUGACUGGCGAAAACUCCAAGUUCGAGGGCGUCUACGUGCACUACCGCCCGCGCCGCUCCCUCCACGCCCUCCAUCUGUCUCCCCAGGUCGAGUCUCCUCCAACAUACACCUCCCCUCCAUCUUCUUACUACAUCCCUUGGGACACCGUCACUGUGAUGAAUGCAGGGGCUUCGAGCUAUGUGCUGACGCGGCUGAUACCCAACACAGAGUACGAGGUGUUUCUUGUCCCCUUCGUCAGGACCGAGGAAGGCUUCCCGACGGCGCUCAGGGUCAAUACUACUCACCAGGACGCCCCAGCAGGACCUCCCCAGGACGUGUCAGUGCAUCUGGUCAACCUAACUCAUGCCUCCGUGACCUGGCGACCUCCAGAGGCUGACCUGCAACACGGGGUCAUAACUGGAUAUCAGAUCCUAACGCUUGUCAACGACAGUUCUGUUUUUCUCAACAAAACCGUGAACUCGUCUGCAUUCAGCUACCAGCUGGCACCCCUCAUCCCUGGCCACACCUACUCAAUCAGCCUAUUGGCUCUAUCCAAGAUGGGGGCGGGGCCAUCGUCUCAACCAAUUAGACUUCAGACAGACCCAGCCCUGCUCAAUCCUUUAGCCAAUCGGCAUGCUGGAUCCGAGGGUGUGGUCCGUGAAGCGUGGUUCAUCGUGUUAGUGGGCGGAGCAAUGUUCUUCCUCUUGUUGGUGUUUGUGGUUCUGCUGUACAUAAGGAGGUACCACAACAAGGCAUCGAAACUCCCGACGUUGAAUGGCUCCGUGACGAAGACCAGCAACUUAGCCAACUUCUACGGCGGCGAGAACCUGUGGCCGGAGAGCGGGUGGAAGCCCUCGGAUGGAGACAAACCGGAGGCCAAGGUCGUCAACGGCAGCGGCGCCCAAGACCGAGACCUGCUGGCGUCGCUGGCUCCUGAGUACGCGGAAAUCGACUCACUGGGGACCUUCACCUCCGGAAAGAAGAGCGAGAUGGAUAUCAGCGCCGAGGCCUAUGCUUCCGCCUCCGUCCUGGCCGCCUGCAAUAACCGCAAGAAUAAGUAUAACAUUAUAAAACCCCUUCGUAUCCUGACAACACACUCGCAUAUCACCAAUCCCUCAUGA